AUCAACUCCUCGUCACUUUAGUGCACUUGAGUCCUUAGGGAGACUUGGCAGGCGGAGUGCUGUAACACAGGGUGUGAUCCAAUGUAAGGUAGAAGACGACGGUCGCGUACACACUCCGCCACAAACUCACCUCUCCAGCAUAGCUUUCCUACAUCCACAGGACAAACACUAAGAACAUCCGACCAGGAGUUUAUGCUCGUGCUGACGUGGAGUCUACGCGCGUGCUCGCUUGGCGGAAGGUCUUGGCUUGGGGUGACAGUAGCACUAUGGAUGGUUCCGAUGUAGAUUUUCUCCUCAGCCCGCCGCUGGUCUCGCCUGCGUCGGUGUUCGCUGGUCGCGCCCGCCUCCAUUACACCGCCUUCACACCCUACCUAUCACAGUGCAUGGAUGUGGAGGUGCCCAGUGCGACCAACAACGAAAUCGUGAUGGAUGAUGCGACCGAGGUGACUAAGCAACCUUCGCAGAUGGAGCGGUACUUAGCACAGUCGGACUGCAGCUCGCCUGAAGAGGACCCCAUGCAUGACGAGGAGGUUGAGUUCCGGCGGCAAAGCGCCAACUUCAUGGAGAAGUAUCUGACCAUCGUGGACCAGUGCUUGAGCUCGUCCGACGGCAGCACUAGCACGGAAUCGUUUCUCAGCGCCGACGAUUCACCUCCUGAGCUAAUACCAGACGUGGAUAGGAGCAGCCCUGUCGAUGACGUAAUGUUCUCCUCAUCCCAUAUUCACCUGCAGAAGUUACUGGAGGAGAUCGUGGUACCCGAAGCAGUGCUCCCGGGGCUGCCCUGGUGCGGCGAAGCAUACGAUGACGAAACUAACAUGAGCAGUCCGAGCGUUUCAGCCUUUCAUUUGCCCCCGAUGUAUUCAUCGGACGGCACCUGGUUGCCCAGUCCUCCCAUUGCUAGUCCCGGCAUGCCCGGCCUGUUACCUCUGCAGGCUGUGACGGGUACACAGUCAAUAUGCUCUCCGCACACGUCUGCAUUCGCCUCAGCAGCCUCUCUAUUCCCGCUCAAUACCAGUAGCGCUUCGUCGGCGUUUUCCGCCGUUGUGACGCCUCCCCGGUCGCCCACGGGUACCACACAGGGCGUCGACCAAGGGUCUUCGGACUCCAGCCCGAAUGGUCAACCGUCCCAGCCCCCGUCCGUUGAUACACCUGCUCAGGAGAGCUCACCCCCGUCCGGCGGAGGCGGUGGGCACAACACGUUGAGUGCGGACUCCCCACGUCGUACUCACGCCUGCGACUACCCUGGCUGUCUGAAGAAGUACACGAAAUCGUCGCAUCUGAAGGCACACCGGCGCACGCACACCGGCGAGAAGCCCUACCAAUGUACGUGGGCGGACUGUGGCUGGCGGUUCGCCCGCUCCGACGAGCUAACCCGACACUAUCGGAAGCACACCGGUGAGCGGCCAUUCAAGUGCAAGCAGUGCGAGCAGACAUUCUCCCGUUCCGAUCACCUCUCUCUACAUCUAAAGCGGCAUAAAACCAUGGGCUAAACUUCUACUAGUACUAGUAGUAGGUAGACCUUUUGAAUACCCCAGCAGCUUUCUACUACUAGUAGUACCAGUGCAUUUCAAGGCCUUGACAUUGGCCCACACCACCUUACAACAACAGGCAGAUGAAUCGUGCCUCGUGAUGGCUAAGCUUCCUUUUGACCUAAAACCAGAAAUGGACCAUUGGGAAGUGCAAGAAUAAUAAACCAUAGCACGAGGAGAGAAACGAUUGAUGGAAUAUUUGGUGCCAGUUCCACCUCGCGGCUGCCGGCCAAUAUUCACGUUGAAUCUCCAACAAAGUGUUGCUCCUGCUUUUCUAGCCACGACUUGGCCACGAACGCAGCGCCUACCGCAACGUAGCUAUGGUGCCUUCAACUACAGGACGGAGAGCAUGGAACUUGACUUAACGCACCACGACACAUCGUUGAUAGAAAUCAUCGGAGGCAGAGCACCUUACACUGCAUGGGGCUCCAAAUCAAAUCACUCAACCUUCUAUCAUCAAGAGUACGAGUAAUCCCCUGUGUACAGUAUGGACCCUCCUGCUUCGACUCGAGCUUCCACUGUCUCCAUCAGAAACACGAUAUGUAGGGUCCAUCAUACCUCGGUUCACACUUUUAUCAUGCUAUCUUCAAAGAAAUCAAGUUUUCCAGAGUUAUCACAAGAGUUCUAUCGUCUACUGUUAUGGCUAUCAAAUUUAGCCCAUUUGAAAAAUUUAUAAAAGACACGAGAAAAUUUGCAAUGUCCAUGCAACUUAUACCAAUAUUCUAUUAGUCCUAAUAUACAAUGAGAAUUAUCAACAUUGCUUUUGUGCAGCGCCAUAAAAACUAUAGCUUCUGCAAGGUGACACCACAAUAUGCAUUGUCUAUGAUUAUCAACACCUUUAGAAACAUCGGCAAAAUGCUAGAAUGUAUAAUCUAUGCACUGUGCCUGUGGCCUUUGCUCUCAUCUCUGCCAUGCAGAGUUCUCAUGUACAUGGUUACCAUGUUGCCAGCUCCACAUCAAAUUUCGCUUUUACGCGCAUACAUGUACAUGUACAUGUAUGUAUUAUACAUAGUGUCAAUACUUGUAGAAGGUAGGGACGAUUUGAGAUGACCUUCAGGGACCCAUGAUUACGACUACUGUAUUGCCGUAUACUAGUAUUGGGACCUUUAUAUUAUACAGGUAGUGCAACCGAUAGAUGUACAGGUGAGCAAUGAGCUUGAGGCUGAUGGCGUUGGUAAUAACAUUUGGGUAUCAUCUAAUCAUCUACAUCGUGAUAAUAGCGUUAUAAUUGAACCGCACUUGAGCUGAUGCCCUGCUAUUUACAUUGUACAUUGUACAGCAGUAGCAUGCCAAACAGGCUGCAUUGUCGCAAAGUAUUGUGCACAGCUUCCGUGUGCCUUUGCAUUCGCGUGUGAUCUACCAUUUUGUGAAUGGUCAUCCAGCAUUAAAUUUUCGUUUACUUCUGCUGAUCUACCUUCGCGGUCAGGUCGAACCUGUAUACCUCUUCCUGUGUGUCUUAUUGGUUUGAUUCGAUUGCCACUGUGCAUCCACGCUCGUACACUACUCUACAAUUAUCGGUUGAUGCUAUUGCAAACUUUAACUGAAGUAUCA